CGUUCGCCGGCCUCGUGCCUCCGAGCAGCGAGUGUGACUAAAGAGCUCCAACUCAUGUGACUGUGGUUUCGCCUUAUUCUCAGGGCCUCAUCGGAUGUUUUGAUCAUUUACUUUGAAGCAGCUUCUUGACUUUUGCUUUCUGUCAUUUCAGCGGUGUGAGAAUAUAAAGCUGCUGUUGUAGCGCUGCGACCGGAGCCUGUUCACAGAUCAACAUACUCAUACACUGAUGAGUAAAUGUGCUAAAGCUCAUCUGUUAAUGGACGGAGCUUGGACGGUCGUUUCCUGCUUCCUGUCUUUAUGCUAAGCUUGGCUAAUCUGCUGGCUCCAGCCACGUUCUGUAUCUGGUAGCAGACAUUAGCGUGAUGGUCCUGUUUUAUAUUAAAGAAAUAAUAAUAAAGCUUCAGUGACGUGUUUCUGCGUGUUGACAGAACCGUAGGCUUAGUUUGAAAUGAAAACAGGUCCAGCCUUGACGUUAACUUUUAAAAUCUGUGCUGCUUCGCUUCAGUUCUGCUGAAGCUUCUGUUUUAAGGAGGCUGAGGUUGUGGGUCCGGACAGAAAGGUGUGUUUGUCAGGUGCAGGUUAAAGUUUUCCUUCAUCUGCCAGAGUCUUAAUCUCCUCAGGUCCUAAUCGACUCCAGGCUCUGUCUCAAAGCAGCGUAAAUAAAUAACACCUUUAACCAGGUAAUCCACUCAUCACAGGAGCUCUGCUCUAUUUAAACGAGUGCUGUCCUUCCCGUCUUCACGCAAUCUGAGGAACCCAUGCAUUAACCCGUACAGCAGCAUGUGUCGGGUGAUGGUACGGAAAGAGUGAGAAUGCAGCAGGGAGGGCGACAGUGGGCGGGAGUCUGGAGGGGCUGCAGCCAUUGGCCCCAGACACGGGUUCAGCCUCUAAGCUGGGCUGGACCUCUAAUUUGCUCUGCUUGUGGAGCUUUGAAGACAAACGGCAGCUGCCCACUAGCUGCUGCCUGAAUGAGCGGGGAGCUGGCGGUCGCCCACAGGCAGCUGGCUGAUGCACGGACGCUGUGGCUGCAUGGAUUUCUAGCACAACAUUCCCGGGGAGCGGCGGCAGCGGCGCCGUGGAGGUACAACCCGCCCUCCUCGAAGCGGAGAGGUGCAAGGUGUGGAUUACAACUUCCUGUCUGUGGAGGACUUCCUAGAACUUGAGGAGAGCGGCACACUACUGGAAAUAGGAACAUACGAAGGUAACUAUUAUGGGACCCCCAAGCCCCCAAGGCAGCCCAUCGCUGGGACAGUGAGUCUCAGUGAUGCAGGCUCCCAGCACUCCACCCCGCGGCGCACCAAGUCCUACAAUGACAUGCAAAACGCCCGAGUAGUGGCUGCUGACGACGACGAUGACGACCAGGCCUCGGAAAUGAACAACAGUUUUACAGGAUCCUUAGUGCGUAGCCUCUUCCCCUCUCCUCUGCUGUGCACAGGAAACCCGAGCGAGCAGGAUGAGGGCCGCGGCGGCGUCCUGCGGCCGUACGGCGCCGCGCCCUGCGCUCUGAACAAUGCGGCCGCGUCCACGGCCGACAGCGGGCAGCAGACGCUGGCGGAGCCGCAGGCGUCCCCGGAGGAGGCGCUGGGGCCGCUGCCCGACAACUGGGAGAUGGCCUACACCGAGAACGGAGAGCUGUACUUCAUAGACAUGGCAAAGGCACACCACCAGGACAUGGCUGUGUAUUUUCAGAGCUUCCACAACACAAAGACCACAUCAUGGCUGGAUCCUCGGUGUCGAGACAAAGCCUCCAGGGCUCUUGAAGAGUGUGAUGAUGAUGAAGAAGGGAUCCAUGCGGAGGAACUGGAGAGUGAUGUUGGCCUCUGUUUUCCAGAGCUGCCUCCAGGAUGGGAGCGGAUCGACGACCCGGUGUAUGGAGUCUACUAUGUAGACCAUAUAAACAGAAAAACCCAGUAUGAGAACCCAGUGGUGGAGGCGCGGCGUCGGAAGCUCCUGGAGCAGCAGCCGCAGCCUCCAGAAGGUGAGCGGUAUAUCCGAGAGUGGAUUGAGGAGCACUCAUCAGCAGCAGCUCCACUGGCAAACUAUGUCCCGAACCACCUGGAGACCUACCGGGACCCUCAGGUCCCGUCGGCGCUGUCUUCUGGACCUGCAGGAGUCAAACGGGGGAAACCGUUCUUCACCAGGAACCCGGCGGAGUUGAAAGGAACCUUCAUCAACACGAAGCUGAAGAAAAGCCGCCGCGGCUUCGGCUUCACUGUGGUCGGAGGCGACGAGCCCGACGAGUUCCUGCAGAUCAAAAGCCUGGUUCUGGACGGACCUGCGGCGGUGGACGGCAAGAUGGAGACAGGUGACGUGAUCGUCAGUGUGAACGACACCAUCGUGCUGGGUUACACCCACGCUCAGGUGGUGAAGAUCUUCCAGUCCAUCCCCAUCGGCUCCAUGGUGGAUCUGGCCCUGUGCCGUGGCUACCCUCUGCCCUUUGACCCCGACGACCCCAACACCAGCCUGGUGACCUCGGUGGCCAUUCUGGACAAGGAGCCCAUCAUCGUCAACGGACAGGAGACGUUCGACUCGCCGUCCAGCCAGGCCGGGCCCAUUAACGGCAUGAGGGAGGCGCGGCCGCACAGCCCCUCGGUGGAGGUGGCGUCCAACGGCUCGCACGGCUACUCCAGCGACGUGGUGACGCUGGCCUCGUCCAUCGCCACCCAGCCCGAGCUCAUAACCAUCCACAUGGAAAAGGGAGACAAGGGGUUCGGGUUCACGAUUGCUGACAGCCUGACAGGAGGAGGGCAGAGGGUCAAGCAGAUCGUGGACUACCCGCGCUGCCGCGGCCUGAAGGAGGGGGACAUUCUGAUGGAGGUCAACAAGAGGAACGUCCAGAACAUGAGCCACAACCAGGUGGUGGACCUGCUGAGCAAGUGUCCCAGGGGCAGUGAGGUCACCAUGCUGGUGCAGAGAGGAGUGGUGCCGGCCAAGAGGAGUCCGAAGCUGGUGCACCAGUUGGAGAGGAAGGACAGCCAGAGCAGCUCCCAGCACAGCGUGUGCAGCCACCGCAGCGCCCACGCCGACUCCCCCAGCCACCCGCCCCCCGCCAUGCCCAGCGAGGCCGCGGCCCCGGCCCCCACGCCCGCCGCCCCCACCCAGCCCCUGCCCUGCCUGCCCCCCCACGACCCCGCAGACGGCACCUUCACCCUCCAGAAGAAGCCGGACCCCUUCAAGAUCUGGGCGCAGUCCAGGAGCAUGUACGAGAGUCGGCUGCCAGACUGCCAGGAGCAGGACAUUUUCCUUUGGCGGAAGGAUACAGGCUUUGGGUUCCGCAUCCUCGGUGGAAACGAGCCCGGGGAACCUAUCUACAUAGGCCACAUAGUGAAGUACGGGGCCGCGGACGAGGACGGGCGCCUGCGCUCCGGGGACGAGCUCAUCUGCGUGGACGGCACCGCGGUGGUGGGCAAGUCGCACCAGCUGGUGGUGCAGCUGAUGCAGCAGGCGGCCAAGCAGGGCCACGUCAACCUCACUGUCAGACGUAAGACGCCCGGAUACGGAGGCUCCAAAGGAGAGGGCGACGUGCCCCCGUCCCCGGCCUCCUCGCACCACAGCAGCACGCAGGCGCCCAGCCUCACCGAGGGCAAGCGCACGCCGCAGGGCAGCCAGAACUCGCUCAACACCGUCAGCUCGGGCAGCGGCUCCACCAGCGGCAUCGGCAGCGGCGGCGGCGGCGGCAGCGGCAGCGCCGUGGUGCCGGCGUCGCUGCAGCCGUACGACGUGGAGAUCCAGCGCGGAGAGAACGAGGGCUUCGGCUUCGUCAUCGUGUCGUCCGUGUCCAGGCCCGACGCCGGCACCACCUUCGCUGGAAAUGCUUGUGUGGCCAUGCCCCACAAAAUAGGACGCAUCAUUGAAGGAAGCCCGGCCGACCGCUGCGGGAAGCUGAAGGUCGGGGACCGGAUCCUGGCCGUCAACGGCUGCUCCAUCACCAACAAGUCGCAUUCGGACAUCGUCAACCUGAUCAAGGAAGCCGGAAACACUGUCUCGCUCAGGAUCAUCCCUGGUGAUGAAUCUUCCAAUGCUUCUCUGCUGACCAACGCGGAGAAGAUCGCCACCAUCACCACCACGCACACGCCUCAACAGUCCACAGAGUCCCGGAACAACCCAAAGUCCAAAGGAGCUCCUCCUCCUCCGCCCACGCAACAGAACACACAGGAUGCUGAGUUCUACUCGGUGGACCUGGAGCGGGACAGUAAAGGUUUUGGCUUCAGCCUCAGGGGCGGGCGCGAGUACAACAUGGACCUGUAUGUGCUGAGGCUGGCGGAGGACGGCGCCGCCGUCAGAAACGGCAAGAUGAGGGUCGGAGACGAGAUCCUGGAAAUUAAUGGUGAGAGCACAAAGAACAUGAAGCAUUCACGUGCCAUUGAACUGAUCAAGAACGGAGGCCGGAGGGCGCGGCUGGUGCUGAAACGGGGAGACGGCUCCGUACCCGAGUAUGACGGCAGCAGUGACGGGCACCCUCCCGCACCCGGGGCACAAAACACUCCGGAAGUGAGAACGCUGCCACCCAACAGCCGAUACCACACCUCAUUGGAGUCCAGUUAUCCACCAGACCUUCACAAACCAUCACGCCAGGAGGAGGCUGCGCGUGGCCGAGACAGGAACCGAACCUGGGACAGGGCUGGGUCCGAGCAGAUGGACUGCCAAGGCCAACAAAUGAACCCCCACCAUCAUCACACCUGGAAUAACAAUCACAGUCAAAAUACUCACAGACCGCAGUCUCCAGACAGUAACAGCAGUAGCAGUGGCAACAAGAAGAGCAGAGGCCGCAAAGUCAAGAAGUCGGAGUCGGAGAGCGGCAUCUCCAAGCUCCUAAAGACUCUGAGGAAGGACAGCUCUGGGAAGAAGGCAGCCGCUGCCGAGAAACUGAGGAGCCGAGAGCUCUCCAGCAGCAGCUCUACUUUGGACGGGAGAUCCCGUCUCCAGCGGCGCGGCUCCCUGGACCGCUCGCCGACCCGAAAGCGGGCCUCGUCCCCCGACCGCCGCCGGGCCAAGUCCAUGGACCGCCGGGCGGAGCGAGCGCACCGGGACCGCACGCCCGAGCGGGAGCGCGACGAUGGCGGCUUCCUGGCCGCCACCCCCGAGCGCAGGCUUUAUGAGCGGAGGCUCCCGAAGGAGCCGCAGACGCCCGGGCGCGUCAGCAUCAGCAACGGGGACGCGUCUCUGCCCAGGGGCCGCGCGCAUCAGCGAGCAGCCAAGAACGGAAACCUCCUGAGAGACUCUUCCUCAGAGCGGAGGGAGGAGCGGCACCACGUGAACGGGACGCCGGAGAGACGCUACCGAGCCGAGCGGGACUCUUCCCCCGACAGCAGCUACAGCCGUGACGAGCUGAACUAUGCAGCGGCGCCCAGACUGAAGGACUACUACAGCAUGAUGAAGAACAACGCUGCCUACAACAACGCGGGCCACAAGAACAAUGCAGCGGGCCGCGGCGCCAACCAGCUCCCUGAGCCCAAGAGACGGCUGUACAAGGAAAGCCCCAAAGACCUGAGCAUCUAGAGCCACUCGCCUCUAUCUGUGCACAUGUGGACACCAAGGCUACGAACUCCUGUGCUUUAUUGAUUGGUUUGAUUGACUUGACAACUUGUGAUCCCAUCCAGAGAUUCAUAAAACAGCAGGAGUACAAUCCUUCUCUCAGUUCAUACUGGUCGUUCCGUCAUUGUUCUAGUUAUUUUGAGCAUAACAUAGGUUGUUGUACUAUAGUAAAGGUAUUGUAUGUGCCUGCAUAUGAAAUCGGUGAUAUUGCUUUUUGUAGGCAUUGCUGAAUCUAAAUAUUUGUUCCCUCAGAGGUAUGAAACAUGCUUCCAGUUGUGGUAUCUUUAACUAAGCUUGUUUUCAACUUGUUUCUAGAUGUCUUCUCCAUUCUGAAUUGCUUUACUGAAUAAACUAUAGCACAAGACUGAAGGUUCACAAGAACUGGAAAAAAAGCAUUUGACUGACGGCAAAUCUCUAAAUUCUCAGAGAGAUAAUUCUAUAAAUAACUUAUGACUAUUUAUUUUGAUUUGGCACAUAUCAUCAACAAGUUCAUUCAAACCUUGAAGGUAGAAGUGCACACUGUACCUGAGAAAGCAUGCUGUACCCUUAUUUGUGUUGCGUCCUUGAAGUGUGUGGCAGCUCCCCCUCCUUCCACUAAAUACACCCACAUGAGGAGGAUAAAAGUGAAACUGUAUGAGAAUUAGCAACAUUAUUAUCAGUUUCUCCUUUUGCAGUAGGAUUUUAAAAAUAACUUAAUGCUGUGAUCCGUCUGCAUUCCGGUUCCAGCGGGGAACGAAGCUGAGUCUCUCAACUACAUGCAAAGCUGUUCUGGUAGAUUCUCUUUUGGAGGAAGAUUACAGUUAAACACUACACUUUAGUAUUUUGAGCCAGAACUUAAAGUUGCCCUGGAAAUGAUUUUUCAAAUAUGCAAAAAAAGCAAAACCUGUAAAUGAUCCCUGUGCAAGUUGCAUGUGUACAUGAAGUGUAGUUUCCCUGCUUUGUUGGUUAAUAAGGAACAUACACUGUAACACAGCAGUGAUCGUUGGCCCUGACCUCAUGUUGAAGAUCCCCACACCUCCUGGUCCCGAUGACGUGGCUGGAUUUGUUGGUAACGUAUGAGUGGUCGACCUGCCGUGCUGAGCCAUGCUGUCACACCACUGGAGUCUGACUGCUGCUUUCUAACGUGUUUCCGUGUAUUCUCUGUUUUAUGUUUCAUUGAAGAAGUUAAAUAUAUUGGAUAAGCCACUACAAAUACAUUGUUUGAUCACUGUUGUCUCCAUGGUACUGUAAAAAAAACUAAAAAAAGUCACGUAUAAGAAGUGAAGUCGUUGGCCAUCUCCUGUAAAGAUUUUUUCCAAUGUAUCUAUUAGGAACCGUCAUGGAUUAAAAUGUUGCCUUUUUCAUGUACAAAAGAGAAAUUUAUGAAAAACACAGCAGUGAGGAAUGUGAUAAUGUGUUUAUAUGUCUGAAAUGGACCUGACGAAUACGCUGAUUUACCUUGGAUCAGGUAUGUAAAGACACUGAAGUCAAUCAGAAAUGGCCUGGUGGUUGGAAUCUCUCGAUGGUUAGCCUGCCUUUGUAUUAUAAAGCACUUGUAUGCAGUCUGUGUUCUUCAAGCAUUAUUUCUUGCAAUGUGCUCUGGACAUAAUGCUGUCUCUGUGUUGAUAAAAGCAGUACAUGUAUAUGGGCCAAUCUUUUUUAUAAAACUAUGCAUAUAUAAAUACUACAUUGUUCAUAGCUUUAUUUGACCCAUGAAGCUAUACAUAACAUUAGUCUAAGUACAAGUAGAUGUGAACUUAUCCAGCUUCUUUCCUUAAGAUGGAUUACGAUGUAUAUGUAGCUAUCAAAAGAAGUCUGUGAAUGCUAUUUUUAUUAUCAAAUAAAGUUUUCCAUACAAAUUGAAAAA